UACUGAGCAGCACAUUCAACGCUCGCUGGCUACGCGCGUGUGCUGCACCAGCCAGAGCGCGCGGACGCAGCCAGCCACAGCAGCGCGCGGACGCAGCAGCGAACCGGCGCACGCACGUGCACAGCGAUCACGCGCGCCGUCUCACCAGCGAGCAGCCAUGAGCGGCCGGCUUAACCUCAUCUGUGCGUUUGUCUUGGUCGCCCUGCUCGAGUCAGCCUACGGAGGAGUCAUGCGGAAAAGGAGAGACACCUUCCAGCACGGUCUCCAGAUGUCGUCGUCAUCGCACUCGUCGCCGUCGCGAUCGUCGUCGUCGUCGUCAUCGUCGUCAGCAGCGACGUCAAUCUUCUCAUCGAUAAUGGAGGGCAGAAGGCCGCAGGCGGCGGCCGCGGCGAGAGACGCAAGCGCGUCGCACCACGCACGGCGCCACCAGCACAGGCCGCGGUGCCGCGAUCACCCGCACCAGGGAUUCUACCCGCAGCACCAGCACCGGCACCAGCAGCAGCACCAGAAGCACAGGUGCAACCACAGGACGCCGCAGCAAACCUUGCACUCUUGGAAUCGCCCGUCUCUCAACGGCCGGGGACCCAUUUAAGCGGCGGCGCCGGCUGCUCCACACCCACACGGCAGCGGGGAUUUCGUGACGAGCGGACGGGAGGCAGCAGACACGCGGAGCGCAAGGUCCUGGCGACGCGCGUGCGAUGAAGCGUGACAAAAACAACAACAACAAAAGAAGAAAAAUCAAACCACCAACAACCGUCAACGGGGGCAAUAAAAACCAAACACUUAUAGAAAAAAAAAUAAACUAAAAAAACGGCAGGCACCAGAGAGAAUUUUUGUGUGGCUGCACAUCAACUCGCAGACGCCACGAUGCUUGCCGACUGUGGAUCGCUCCUCUCUCUACGGCGAGCCAGCGAGCGAAGUAGUGAGCGAGGAACUGAGCGAGCGAGUGAGCUGGCGGGUGUGCUGAAGGAUUCUGCGCGCUGCGGUUUGGAGGAGAGCACCGUCAAGUGCCGUGGGGGCUCUCUCCCAGCCCGCGAGUGUUCUGGGCAGAACGUCAAUGCGUCCCUGCGGACGCCAAAUGAACCACCCCCCCCAACCACACCGCGUUUGCCGACCCCCUCCUUCGCCCCGCUACUCAAGCUCCUCCAACUCUCCCAGCUUCUUCCGCCAGCGGGACCGCUCGAGUUAAAACCCCGCGCGCAUUUCUCAAGCAUGUGUCGAACAUUUUUCGAACAUUUUUCAAAACUGUAAACCACCAUCUCCUGUACCGCCCCAGCCGCCUGCCUCACAAAGCCUCCACCACCCCACCACCCCACCCUCCUUCCCCCCCCUCCCCCCACGGUCUCUUAAUUGAGAACAAAUUAAACUGGAACACAGCGUCCUGCUGCCGGGCUUCUGUGGGGAGCGUAGGUGAAUAGCUGUCACAAAGGGACCCUGGUGUGAGAUGCUGGGGCGUGAACGUCGUCGAACGAAUGCGGUGUGUGUGUGGAGAGGCACCGCGGUCGGUGUGGCUUUGGGGGUUGGAGGGUCACGGCAGCGCUCUAGUUUUGCAAGUGUCCAGUGGGACUGGCACCGUCUCUCGCCACCGUUGCUUUAGUGUUUAUAGACGAAUGUUGUAACCUCUCCUCUCACGUGUUCUUUUUUUUUGCUGCUGCUGGUCAAGUAUGAAGUGCUGCCUGUCUAUGGGCUGCUACGUAAAAAAUAUAUAUAUAAAUUAAUAUUAUUAUUUUUAUUAUCUUUUUUUGGUUUUUUUCUUUCACUUUUUUUAUAGAUUUAAGAUGGCAUUUUUACCAGGUAUGAAGCAACAGUAUUUAACUUUGUCAUUUGUUUCGUUCAGUUUCUCUCAUUUGUUCCUGCAUUAAAAUGUUGUUAUACGGACAUUUUUUUAACGAAAAAUGUUUGUUAAAAUGUUUCUCAUUUGAAUGCUCACUGUAAAUAAAACUUUGGAUAAUAGACCCAACUGAUGACUUCAA